AUGCGCGCCGUUACUGCGAUCUUCUGUGCGGUCGUCACCCUUGCUUCUGCCCGUAAGUUUUGCAUACCAUAUCUUUUGAAGAAAUUUUUGAAUUCUAAACAUUGCGGUACAAUUACAGAAGGCUACGAUACCACCGCCCCAUCUCCACCACAUAAUGGAUACGGAGAGGCCGCCACUCCAGCACCAGUUCCUCAAAGUGGAUAUGAUGCGCCAGCUCCAACCUCGCCACCAGCCAGUGGCUAUGACGUACCCCCAACCAGUGCACCAGCAGAUGAAUAUUCCCAACCCCGCAACCCUGCAGAAGGAGGUAUGUUGUGUAACGAUAGGCCCAAAUUAACGCUCUUUUAGCCAAAACUAUUCAAUUCCCUCUGAAGAGUUGUUAUUUGAACGAUGACGGAUUCAUGUGCUGCAAUAAAGUAAGUCGCCAGUAUAAAUGGGUUCAAUGUGGAUUGUAGGAGCUUGAAAAGCUGAUGUCCGACACAUAUGACCAACUAUCGAAAUCCAGAAAUGGAAAGUGGAAGAAAUGUAACAUACACCAAGUCACAGUCGCCGUCCAAAGGGCAGCUGAGCAGAGAUUUGAUGUCCAGUUCGAGGCUGUCACUGGAGCUGGUGACUUCGCUUCCAAGAACAACUUCUCCGGAGAUUUGGUUUGUAAGAUCAAGAGAGAGGCAUCGUAAGUUUGGAAUGUUCGUAACACCAUAAAUGUAUUGCAGGUACAUUCUCGCCUAUGCUACUCCAAACUUCUAG